CUCAAUCCCUCGACCUUCCUCAACCAAAAUCAAACCUCUUCAUACUUCAUUCCUGGUCAAUCACUUUCAAGCGUUAUCCUUCCAUUCAAAAUCAACAUGUCGCCAAGUUCGCCAUCAGCCGCUAUAGUCAAGUGUUGGAAGAAGAAGCUCCCACUGGUUCACGCAAAAAUCGACGAGAAAGAGAAAUGGUUCUUUGAUUUCCCUCCGGAAAUUCGCAACAUGGUGUACACUGCCAUUCUGAGCCCGAAUUCUAGCAAGCCACAAAGCGCACGUCUCAAGUUUGGGAGAUGGCCAGGCGGGGCGAGAAGAUCUGCUGUCUUCAUACCCAACCUUCUUACUGCCUCUCAGACAGUGCGUCGAGAAGCUUUGCCAAUAUACUACAAGACUCACAAAAUCGAUUUCUUUACUCACACCCUUCGUCUCAAAACCGCGUUCAGGCGUCUAGAAGAGAUCGUCCGGUAUCAUACCAGGAACAAUCUCGGCGACUGUCUCAAUGAACUUCAUGUGGAGAUCAUGAUCGCCCAGUUGUUCCGGAAUGACCUUCGUGACACCAUGGAAAUCUCACGAAUCUGCUGUAAACAUAAUAUUAAUGUCCAGCUACAUCAUCUUGGGCGGUACCGAGCUAUUACAGACCAACUCGCACCUAUCAUUGCAGCUCGCAUCGUCAGUCAUCAUGCAUUGACGAAACGCUGGCCUAGUUUGAAGUGCCGAGCUGGCGCCUGCUGGGUUCGUGACAAUAUACAGUAUCAUGAGCACACCGAACCCGAGAUGGCGGAGAAGCGGAGUUUAUCAUUCAUUAGAGCAUACGUCCCCUGGAACAAAAAAUUUGGAACACUUGAGAUCGACUUCAUCUACCGGCUCCAGCACGGUCUCGACCCCUUGCAAGCCGUACCACAGCGCAUGAAUUUGGUGGUCAAGUAUGAAGGACGCUUACUCCUUGUCAAGGAUCCUCUGUCGUUAGGACCACUCGAGGGCAAACAUGUCGAAAUCUGCGAUUAUGCAACUUGUGUGAAGCCAAGCUGCUGGCACCACGAUCUGACCAAGCAUCAGAAAUGGAUGACUGAUUUCCUCGCGAGCACUCCUAACUCUUCGAGCAUUUUGAAAGCUUGAGUAUUGGAGAUCACAAUUUCACAUGGGUUUCACGAAGAAUUCCGCAUGUGCUCUCUAACAUAUGCCACUGGCAGAUCAAGCGUACUCAUGAUCUCUAUUUUCUCUUUCUAUUGCUUGUGACACAGCAUUGUCUUACUU